CUUUCCUCUCCUACCAUAAAUAUCGCAGCACUCGGUCUGACGAGUAGAUAGAACCCCAAUAGCAAUUAUUCCUCUCAAAGUAUCAAUAUUUUAAACGCUUGGACCUUACCAGCAGUCAUGCCCUUCAACGACAUCACCAAGCCCGCGCCUCCGCUCCCGAGCCCGGUGCUCACGGCAGUUCUGCCUGGCGUGUCACUGCUACGGCCGCUGAGCCGGAGAGGAACCGGCCCAGGCAUGAUCGUUCUCGCAGAAGAUUAUGGUGACUCGCUGGCGAUUACUGACGGUGUCCCAUCCCCGCUCGUAAAGUGGGCAGAAGAAGGUUACGCGGUUGUGGAGAUAAGGGCAGAGGCCCUCAAGUCUGGCCACGGCGAUCCCAUUCGCAGCGCAAUCGAGGCAUUGUACGAGUGUGAAGUUUGUGAGCCCAAGGACAAGAUUGGUCUCACUGCAUAUGAUCCUGAGUUGUGGAAUAUCGUCGCCCCGAAGUUGUCAAAUCAUCCCUCCGUUGCCGUGGCUGCUGUGUACGCAGAUGCAUCGAAUGAGUCAUCCCCAGACUCGAUUGUGGAUGUGUCUAUACCAGUCUUGCAUCACCUUGCAGGAAAGCCAGCCGCAGCUGCUCCCCUCCCAAACAAGUCACAGAAUGUGAAGAAGUACUACUACCCGAACGUCACUGCGUCUAAAUUCGCGACGCCUUUCCAAGACUCAUUUCACUACAACACCGAGGCUAUAUCGCACACUCGGAACCUCACGCUGUUCAAGAAGGAGAUGGACGGCCCGUACUUUGACUUGGAGACGAUAUGGGAAGAGCAUACAUACUACGAGUUUGCUGACCGAUCGGUCGAGCAUACAAUGAGCACGAUGGUGCAGGAGCCUUAUGUCAACCACGUACCAACGAUGACUGGCGGCAUCGGUCGGUCCAAGCUAUCCCAUUUUUACGCACACAAUUUCAUCUUCCAAAAUUCUGCCGACUGCGACCUUGAGCUGACCAGCCGAACUGUCGGCAUCGAUCGCGUCAUCGACGAGUUCAUAUGCAAAUUCACUCACGACCAAAUGAUUGACUGGAUUCUACCGGGAGUUCCACCCACCAACAAGAGGGUCGAAGUUCCCUUCACGGCGGUAGUAAAUGUUCGUGGUGAUAGGCUAUACCACGAGCACAUUGCGUGGGACCAAGGCAGUGUGCUGAGGCAGCUAGGUUUGCUCCCAGAGUACCUCCCAUUCCCAUACCCGCUGCCCGAGGGGAGCGGCAUCGCGGCUGGACGGCAAGUGGAAUACCGUGUGCCAGUUGCAGGUAUCGAGACAGCAAACAAGAUGCGCGACCGAAAUGGCGGACCAUCAAAUGAGAUGUUCGAGUACAAGGUUCGCGAGGCAUGAGAUGCAGACUACUAUUAUGGACUAUGUAGCUUUGUAGUGGAAAUACAAUUAUAGUUGUCUCGGUCUGA